GUUUCUAGAUCCCCCACUUCUUUGCCCCCAAAGAAAAAAGUCCCAAAAUUCUCCCAUCACUUUUUUCUAUAAUUUGCUACUUCCUUUCCUGAAAAAAAAAAAACACUCCAAAGAAGCUAAGAAAUUUAAAACUAAAAGCCUCUUCUUUGCAAAAAAUUUAAAAAAAUUCUUAAAGAACUAUUCUUUAUUGCUUGUUCUUGAAGUUUUUUUGUACCUCCAUACUGCUUAACAAACAAGCUGUUUUUGUAUACAAAUACUCUUUUUAACUUUUCUAAUGUAUGGAGAUUUUAUUUUGAUUCUUGUUCUAUAUAUUCUACAAAAAUCACAUAUUUAAAGAAAGUUUUUCUUUUCUUUUUUUCUUUGGUGACAAAAAUGGACUCAUCAGAGUUUGCAAAAAACCAGACCAGUUCUGGUUUAUUAAGGUUUAGAUCAGCUCCAAGUUCAUUUCUUGAAAAUUUCAUUGAUGGAGUUGGUAAUAAUGCAAAUAUUUCUAUAGAGAAUAAAGGGUUGGGCUCAAAAUUCAAUCUUGGUAACCAGUUAUUGGUGUCUCAGGAUUCUCUUGAUAGUAAAGUACUGUGUGCAAAUUUGCCACCUCAAUAUCCAAGGCAAAAUUCUAGUACUAGUAGUGUUCAUGUGGUGGGGUCUAUGGAGGGUGGUGGUGGGGGGUAUAGGGUAUUGGGAAGUAGUAGUAAUAGUAAUAACAUUCAUCAAGGUGGACAAAAUAAAUUGGUGGGAUCAAAUCUUAUGAGGCAAAACAGUUCUCCAGCUGGCUUAUUCUCUCAGCUCAAUUCUCUAAAUGGCUAUGCCACAUUGAAAGGCGGCACUGGAGGUUAUAGAAUGGCAAAUGGUGUCAAUGGAGAUUCAAGUCCAUCUUCGAGUAGGUUGAAAGGCCAUUUUAGCUUCCCAUCAGUUACACCUUCUUCGUUAGGAAUGUUGUCUCGAAUCUUAGAGGUCGAUAACGAGAGCAGCAUAGCAACUGCCUUCGUUGAUGAUGAGAAGCGUGGAGAUGCAAACUCAGAAGCUCAACUUUACAAUAUGGGAUUUCCUUUUACAUCUUGGACUGAUUCUUCACAGUUUCAGCAGACGCUCAUAGGUCACAAAAGGGAGUUAGAUAGUGAGGAGAAUAAGCAAUUCGCUAAUGCUCAGAUUGAAGAACUUGGAAAUCGGCCUCCGAUUUUGUCACACCAUCUAAGUUUACCAAAGACACCAGCUGAUAUAGCAGCUAUGGAGAAGUUAUUGCAUUUUCAAGACACUAUUCCUUGUAAGAUCCGAGCCAAACGUGGCUGUGCUACUCAUCCUAGGAGCAUUGCAGAAAGGGUGAGAAGAACGCGUAUAAGUGAACGAAUGAGAAAGCUACAAGAGCUUGUGCCCAACAUGGACAAGCAAACAAACACCGCAGACAUGCUAGAUUUGGCUGUCGAGUACAUUAAAGGCCUCCAAAAACAGUACAAGGUACUCACUGAUUGUCGAGCGAACUGCAAAUGUUCAGCAAUGCAGAAGCCAGAUUGAAAACAAAGAGCAGAAUUAGCUUCUUCUGUACAAUGGAGAAGAGUAUAAGUGAAGGAGUAUACUUAAAUGGAGUUCAUUUUUCAAAAGAGUAGAGGCUAGAAACUUUAAGAAAAAGUUACAAGGAAUAACUACAAAGAAGAAAAAAGACAGAUAUUUGGCUGUUGUUUUGGUAGAUGAUAUAGACUAUCAAUGUUUCAAAGUUCAAACAAACAUAUUUAGUUGGAAAAGUGUACAUUAGUUGCAUAGAACAUGCAAGAAUAAGAUUAUUCAUUCCUUUU